AUGCAUCUACAAACCUCGCUCACCAAUCAAAGCGUGUGGCGCGCUCUGACUGCCAAGCCAACUCUCGGCCAGCAGAUCACCCGUCUGACGAUCAAGCAAACUUCAGAAGAUCUUCAAGAAAGACCAGUGCCCGACGAUGUCAUUCCAGAGGCGCUGGAGGCUGCUGUUGGUGCGCUAGCCUCUACUCCUGUUCCUGAUGUUGAUGUUGACGUCGCAAGCUCAGCCUCGAUCGAGGAGCAGAAGCUGGCUCGAGCAGUGAGCGCAGAAGAGAGCCUACUCGAAGCAAUGCAGGCAAUGAGUCAGUUGCGCGAAUUUUCAUGGUCGACACAUCGUGAGUCCCGAGUGUCCAGCGAGAACACUUGCCGCGGUAAACGACUUCUCCCCCCCAUCGUCUUGCAGAGCAACACGACAGUUGCUGACGCGCUCCUCCUUGUGCAGCACCCGUGCUGUCGCUCCCUGUGCGCGCUUCCAAAAGCGGCACGGACGUCUGGCAGACACUCUGUCGAGUGUCAGCAUCCACUUUGGAGAGAUUGAUAGUGCUUGAUGCCGCCGAGUUUCCCGCGCUACGGGGCCUGGAUGAGACGACUGCAAAACUUUCAAAAGAGCAGGGCGAGGCUGCCGAUCCGCUCUUUGAGAAGAGAUCGUCGGUUCACGACGGCUCAGUGCGUAGGUGUAUCGGUGCACUGAGACCAGCUCUAUGGGUACUUUGGCUAAUGAAUACUCUGCUUGGGUCAUUCGUACAGCUCUUUGACCAAUCUUUUCCGCAACUCAAGACCUUUGAAUACACUUGUAAGCGUGUCCCUCAAGAUCCAUAUCGGGCUUUGCAGGUGCUGGAUUAACCCGAUCACCUUCUCCAGGCUAUUCCUUCAAGCAUGGCACCGUCGAUCCGCCGACGGGGCGUCUUGCCAAUUUCCUGAGCGGCAGCACACAGCUUGAGGUAUGCCUGCCAAUCUCAACAUCCCUCGCAGCUGGCUACAUCAUCAGCCUCACGUACCCUCCAUCCCACCACUUUUGCUUUCUCCCCCCCACCCCACACAGACCCUCGAGCUGCACUUUUUCUUGCACGGCGCGCGCUUUUCAGCUCCUUGCCCGGCCUGGUCCGCAGAUAUCGGACCGGUAUUGUCGCUCGACUUUGCCAAGCUCAAGAUUCUGCGCGUCACAGACUCACGCGCUUCCGCCAAGAGCCUCGCAGCUUUCCUCAUCAAGCACGAAGCGUCUUUGGAGGUCAUCGGCUCACAAAGUCUCAGCGUUGAGAGCACAAGUGAGGAUGAACUUGGCCAAGGUGAAUUGUCGCAAUGGCACCGUAGGGGCAAUCUGCAGAGCUGGACCGUCGAGGGCGUUGCAGGCCCUGCCCUGCGCGGCCUGAGCAAGUAG